CAUCUGUCAGAGUUGGGCGCAGGGAUCUCCCCUUCCAGGCUGGAAAUGACUUGGCAGCCGUUCGCAGGACGCGCAUCGAAACAAACAGGGCACAUUGGCAUUUAACUUUGCCAUUCUACCUGUGUGAAUCGCAGACCACGACUGUGUGCGGUUCGGAGUUUCAAAGCUUUACCCCUCACCUCAGGAAGCCUGUUUUGAUGUCUGCACAGGGCUUGUCUCCACGGACGUUUGCAUGCAUCACCCUGGGAUUCAGUCUCAUCUUGAUGUCCUUACCAGAGCUCACAGCAGGAUGGCAGAACUGCAGCACCCUCUGGUGCCUGAACACGGGGGUUCCGGUGCGAGCCCUCCCCCUGCCGGGGCUUUCCCUGAAGACAUCAUACGCUACUUCUGUGAACCAGGGCUACACCAUCCCGGGACGCGUCCACAACUCCCGCUGUCGCCAUGGACACUGGUUGCCGCCCGCGCCCGCCUGCAAGCCGCUGAAAGAUGGGCGUGACCGGGCAACAAACUCCCUUCCCAGCGUUGCCACGACAGCAGUGGGCGUUUCCAUCUUCCUGCUCACCACCACGGCCUGCAUGGUCAUCAAGUCCCGCCUCCACCCCUGUCACUCACAAAGCCGGCGGUCGUCGGACCAGGUGGACCUGGUGGUGGACGGCGUUCCCGUCCUGCCGACCUACGAGGAGGCGGUCUACAGCAGCUGGGGCGAGCGCCUGCCCCCCUGUGGAGGCCCCACACAGCUCCUAUUGGCACAGGAGGCCCACGAACACGCCCCCUCGCCACCACACUACCAAUCAGACUCCGGGCUCAUCCACCCCUCCUGUCGGAGCCCCGAACAAGCCCCGCCCCCUUACGAGGAGGUCCAAUCACGCCCCGGAGAGGGCAGAGUGACAUUGGGGUUGUGCAAGGCUUGCAAGUUGUGCUUUCGAGCGAUAAAGACAUCUGAGUGUUGUGACUCGAGCACCCUGGGGGGGCUGAGCUGGGAUGAACUCAAAUCCUCUCUUACUACUGUAGUCAGGAACAGGGGAGAAAACCACGGCUAGGUUUGAACCUGAGCUAGCCGUCUGUUUGGUUUGUGUCGUGAAGCACAUCCCCAUCUCUUCUGUUUCAGGAAGUGGCUCCUCUGUUACAGGAAGUGACUGGGGGUGAGGAAGGGGGAGGGCCUUAUGUUUUUACACCAUCGUAUGAUAGUACACAUUUUUCAAACAACCAAAGUUGGCCGAGUUUCAGAUUAGUUACUUGAGGUGGCCUUGAUUCGAUCUGUCGACAACCGUAUCAAUCGAUGACCCGAGUCCCAAGCAGCUGUCCCUACGAGGCGAGCCGAAACAAGUGCUCCUCUGGUGUUUCCGGACAUCCUGGUGUUGCACAAUCCACCCUGCGAGAUAUCGGACCGCGGGGUGGGGGUGGGGGUGGGAACCAAACAACCGCCCUCACGUGGGAGGGACCUGUGCGUCUCCAUGACGACCAACUGUAUUUAGCUCGUGUGUCGAGACGAGGAGGGUGCCGUUGCCGCGGCGACGUGGGCGCCAGAGAGAGACGGGUGGGCGAGCGGAGGAGUCGAGUUCCAGCAUGUUCCUUACAGGCAAUGAAUGUUUGUUUUUUAUAAUAAUUUUUUUCUUCUUAUCAAUGGAAGAAAGUGAAUCAGUUGUAUGGAAUGUAACAUUUACAUAAUUAACUUUGAACAUUGUAUUGCACAGAAAUAUAAAUAAACAUUGUGUAUAUAUAUAUAUAUAUACCAGGUUGUUUCUUGA